AUGAAUUAUUUAAGUCACAUGCCAAUAUUCUUCUUAAUCACUUUAUACCUUUUAUUAUUUUCACCAUUCAAUUCUGCAACACAAACUCCUUUGAAAGAGAAUACAAAUUUAAUGGAAAAUUCUCUUGAUGAAUCAAUUGAAAAUUAUUGUGCUCCUUCCGGAUUAAUUAGCGACGCUUGUUGUGAUUAUAAAACUGUCGAAAAUAUAAAUAAUGAUUUAUUUCCUAGAUUACAAGAAUUAAUCAAAACAGAUUUUUUUAAAUAUUAUAAGUUGAAUCUUUAUAAGGAAUGUCCGUUUUGGCACGAAAAUGGCCAAUGCAUAAAUCAAGCUUGUGCUGUUGAAACUACCGAUGAAUCAAAUGUUCCCGAAAUGUGGCGCAGCAAUGUACUGGGUGCAUUGCAGACAUCAUCUAAUGGCUUGGGAGUUUUUGUUAAUCUUCUUGAAAAUCCUGAACGUUUUACUGGAUAUGCUGGAGCAUCAGCAAGUCGUGUAUGGAAAUCAAUAUAUGAAGAAAACUGUUUUAACGUAGCCUUUCAUUUGGAUCCUUCAUAUAACAUUAAAGACUUGUCAUCUGCUCCAACAAAUAAAAAACCAUUAGGUCUUUUAUUACAAAGUAAAAAUGACAUCUAUGAUGAAAUAUGUGUUGAGAAAAGAGUCUAUUAUCGUUUGAUUUCUGGACUUCAUUCUUCGAUAUCCAUUCAUAUAUGUAGUGAAUAUUUGAAUAAAACUACUGGAUUAUGGGGUCCAAAUCUUGAUUGCUUUGUUGAUCGCAUUGGUUCAUAUCCAGAACGUCUUCAAAAUGCUUAUUUUAAUUAUGUAGUUCUUCUAAGAGCCAUAUCAAAAAUUUCAAAUUAUCUUAAAGGAUAUGAAUUUUGUACUGGUGAUGAAUUGCAAGAUGAAAAAGUCAAGUCUAUGGUCAAUGAAAUAGUUGAUCGGGCUCAAUCUUGUCCCGAAACUUUUGAUGAAAAUCAAUUGUUUGCUUCUCCUGAAUCUAGUAUAUUGAAGGAGGAAUUCAAAUCCAGGUUUAGAAACGUUUCUCGAAUAAUGGAUUGUGUUGGUUGUGAUAAAUGUCGAUUAUGGGGAAAAGUACAAAUAUCUGGAAUUGGUACAGCUUUAAAAAUACUUUUUUCAUAUGAAGAUGACUUUCUAAAUCCAAAGAUAGAUCCAAAUUUAUUAAGGCGUACAGAGAUUGUUGCACUAUUUAACACAUUUAGUAGAUUUUCGGAGAGUUUAAAAAUCAUAGAGAAAUUUAGAAAAAUGUAUCAACAACAUAAACUAAAUGACAUUAAUGAAACCAACCAAAUCAAUCAAAUUAGUCAACAAGAAAAAGUAAAGAAAAUUGAAUUUGAAAAAUCAAUCAACCAAGAGAUUUUAGAUGAAUCUAAUAUUAAUUCCUCUAAAGUUAUUAACGAAAUCAACCCAUCAUCAUCAUUUCCAAAUAUGCAAUUUGUCAUAGAACUUUGGGAUUUCCUUAAAUCAAAGGUUUCACCAUACAUAAUACAAUUUCGUCAUCUCAUAACACAAAGAUUAGAAUAUUGGUACCUGUAA